AUGCCUUCCUCAGCCCCCGUUCGUUCCAAACAUCCCAAAAAGGAAGAACCAAUCAGUUAUGAUAUCAAUAUCCCCUACGUCGAUGUAGACAAACAAUCCAAGAUCUCAACCAAAUACCCCCAAUACCUCCCCUCUUGGGAUCCAAUCUGGUUCGAUCCUCUUCAACCCUUCGAAUAUGAAGAUCCAGCUCUGCGCGUCCGCAACAAAUCAAAACCAAACCUCCUUCCCCCAUCCGCAAAAGUCUCCCACAUCCAGCCAAGCCUAGGAACAAUCGUUGAAAACGUCCAACUCUCCUCCCUCUCCGCCGCAGGAAGAGAUGAACUCGCCCUCCUCAUCACAGAGCGCAAGGUCGUCGCCUUCCCAGAUCAGGACCUUAUCGAUGCUGGCCCAGAUGCCCAGGAAUCCUUCAUGCGCCACUUCGGUAAACCAAACUACCAGCCCGUCUCCGGUUCCAUGACAGACCACCCCGCUUUCCAUAUCAUUCAUCGUGACGGAAAUAGAGAUGAAAUCACUCGUUUCUUGCAACAGCGCACGACAACGACCCUCUGGCAUCAGGAUGUUAGUUAUGAAAUCCAGCCUCCCGGUUAUGUCAUGCUUGGCCUCCUGCAGGGCCCCGAAGUCGGCGGUGAUACCGUUUUCGCGGCUACAGAUCUAGCCUAUAAGCGUCUCUCACCGGCUGUCACAGGUUUCCUGGAUGGGUUGAAGGUUACUCAUUCCUCAGCCAAGAUGAUUGGUCAUGCUCGCUUGACGGGUGGCUUGGUCAGAAAGGAUCCCGUUGAUACGGUCCAUCCGCUUAUCCGCGUACACCCCGUGACCGGUGAGAAGUGUAUGUUUUUGAAUGGCGAGUUUAUUACGAGAAUUCAUGGUCUUAAGGAUUCAGAGACUAAAUGGGUCUUGGAUUUCCUUAUGAAUCAUUUGGUUACCGGUCAUGAUUUCCAAGUUCGGGUGCGUUGGCAACCGAGGACAAUUGUGAUGUUUGAUAAUCGGUCAACUAUUCACUCGGCUAUUGUUGAUUAUUUGGAUGAUGAUUACGGUGCCAAGGCUCGUCAUAUCUUCCGUUUGAUUGCUCUAGGUGAAAAGCCCAUUCCGGUGUAUGAGGAUGAAGUUGAUGAAUUCGAAUAA